AUGGGUCCUCCGCUCAGUCUUCUCGCCGCCUCUGUCCGUAUGAAGCAUCAUCCGUACACACCAUCCCUCGCACAUAUCAUCCUCAUCCACAAUCUCUGCAUGUCACUUCCAAUAUAUAUACUAAUUAUUCACCUUUCGUGCGCUGUUUUGCUAUCGAACGUACACACCCUCCCUUGCAGAAACCCUAUCUAUACCUCUUCCGGUGCAUACAACCUUCCUUCGUGCCACACGUCGCCGUGA